UCAAGAGUGUUUUAAGACAUUUCCAAUGAUAGUUUCAAAGACGGCUCGAAGAGUUGUUGAAGAAAAUGUUGCUCUCGUUUGUUUUACACUUGUUGUGCUUGUGGCAUCUGAUUGGUGUGUUUGGUGAAAUGAAGUCCGUGUCUGUGAUGGAGGAAGAUUCUGUCACUCUACACACUGAGAUGACUGAUAUUAGUGAUCAUGAUGUGAUUGAGUGGACGUUUGUAACUGAAAGCACUUCAUUAGUUAAAAUCAAAGUAAUGGCCGGCAGCAUCACUCUAUAUGAUGGUGCUGAUGAGAGAUUCAGAAACACACUGAAGGUGAAUCAUCAGACUGGAGAUCUCACCAUCACACACACCACAAUCACACACUCUGGACUUUAUCAACUAAAGACUAUCACCGGUGUGAGCAAGAACUUCAAUCUUAAUGUCUAUGCUCGUCUGCCGGUUCCUGUGAUCAUCAGAGACUCUUCUCAAUGUUCUUCAAGCUCUAAAUGUGUGUUGGUGUGUUCAGUGGUGAAUGUGACACAUGUGACUCUCUCCUGGUACAAAGGAAACAGUUUAUUGUCCUCCAUCAGUGUGUCUGAUCUCAACAGUCUCUCUCUACCUCUGGAGGUGGAAUAUCAGGAGAACAACACCUACAGCUGUGUGAUCAACAAUCCCAUCAGAAACCAGACUAAACAUCUCAACAUUACUGAAGUCUGUCAGAUGUGUUCAGACGUGAUCCGCUCUUGUGAUUCUACUGAAGCUGUGAUCCGAUUGGUCGUCUCUGCUCUGAUGGGCGUGGCUGCUGUUGCUGCUAUUGUAGUUUUGGGUUAUGACAUCAGAUCCAGAAGACUUGAACAGAAGAGGUCACAGACUUCACAUGUUCUCACAUCUGGGCACUAGGUGGAGAUAUACUGAACAGAUGGACACACUCAUGUGCAGGAACUCAUGACAGCAAUUUGACAUUCACAAUAACAACAUUUAGUUACCAUGAGUGUUAUUUUUAUUAAAGUAGAUCCCCUCAUUACUAUUGAGAAGAACUCUUUAGAGGUUUAUAUUCUCUUCAUAUUCUUGAUGAUUGUUAAAAUGAUGUGAUACUGUGAUAUAUUCAGUUGCCCCUUCAUUGAACCAAGCCAUAAAUUACCUUCAGUUAGCCUUCCAACAGCUUCAAGUCUCAUUACAUGGCCUCAAGUUAGUGAUAAAUACUAAAAAAACCAAAUCUAUGACGUUCUCAAGGGCUCGUUCCCAAUCCCCAGAUAAUAUAACUAUUAACACACUAAAUGGAGACUUAAUUGAAUAUGUUUCAACAUAUAAGUAUUUAGGUUUUUGGCUUGACAACAAACUUUCUUUCAAAAUUCAUGUUGAAAAGCUUGUAAAAAAGCUGAAACUAAGGCUGGGAUUUUACUUUAGGAAUAAGGCUUGUUUUAAUAUGUUAGCUAAAAAAACCAAAAAACUUUUGCAAGUCACUUUUUUAAGUGUUUGGGACUAUGGUGAUGUUGUCUACAUGCAUGCUGCCUCUAGUACUCUUCACCUUUUAGAUUCUGUGUAUCAUAGUGCUCUACGCUUUUUAACUAACUCUGGUUCCCGUACUCAUCAUUGUACGCUGUAUGAACUGAUAGGCUGGCCGUCACUAAGUCUACGUAGACAACUACAUUUGCAUAUUUUUCUAUACAAGGCCAUGUUGGGCAAAUUGCCGGCAUAUUUAUGUAAUCUCCUCAAGAAGAAUUCCCCCAGUUUUCAUCUCCGCUCCACCAGGUGGCUCUCUUACCAGGUUCCAAGGGUUUUACUGAGCUGGGGUAAAAAGCCUUCUCUUACUUUGCUGGUCUUGGAAUAAUUUGCAAAAUUCGCUACAUCUAAAUGAUCUAGUCCCAUUAAAUGAAUUUAAGGCUAUGUUAAAAUGCCAUAUAACUCAAAAAUGUAACUGCCAUAUGUGACCUGCUCCUUUCUUUUAUGUGUGAUGCUUGUUUGUUUGUAUUUGCUAUUUGUAUUUGUAUGCUGUAUUUGUAUUUAAAUUGUAACUGGUGUGCCGUCUUGGCCAGGUCUCCCUCGGAAAAGAGAUUUUAGUCUCAAGGGACUUCCUGGUUAAAUAAAGGUUAAAUAAAAAAAAUAAAUGUGUAGAA